AUGUCCAAAACCCACAUCCUGUCCAGUUCGUGAGAAGUCUGGUGACUAAUGUCUAUUUACAUAACACCAUUCAAAAGAACUCUUAACAUUAUGUAUUAAACUCUAUUGCCGAUUUGUCAUAUCUUGCUUAAUACAUGUAGUUCUCGAACUGACAUAUGCCACAUUAACUUUCCAUAAUCUUACUGUAGAUUUCUUUGUAUUGGUAUUUCAACAGAAAGUAAAAGACCACUUGAACAAAAUAAAGGUAUUUUUAUUCAAUAAGUUCUUUGUAGUUUCACAUGAAGAAAGUAUAAUAUUAUAUUGUGUAUUAUCUGUAUAUUUAAUUCAUUAUCAGGAACCGGGGGACCAAGGGGGCCUUGCCCCCCCACCCUCCCAAGGUUUCAGAAGACACGCAAAAAGUGCCUUCUCUCCGGUGGCAAAGUGCCCUUUGUCUCAUGAAAAAUGUUAUUCAGAAAAUAACCUGCAAAAAAAUAAGUGCCCUUAACAAGUAAAUGUCCAUGAAACAAACAAAUUUAUCUUUUCAUUCAUGUUUUUAAAACAUAUGUGGUCAAAAACGUUGAUUAUACGUUGCAAUUCGAAAUUUGAGCAAAUGUUCAGGUAUUAUAUUAAGCAUGGAGUAUGUGAUUGCAAAAUUGUUUUCCUUCAGUUUAUUAAAGUUUUGGUUUGUUGUGUUUCGGUCUAUAAACCAAAACUUUGAUAUUUUUUCAACUAAUUUUUAAAUAUAGCAACUUCUUUUCAAUGCAAAUAGUUUGAUGCUCUUUUAUUGUAUUGAUACUCUGGAGGUGUACUAAAAUGAAAAAAUAGGUUUCUUGUGCUGCAUAUAACUUUAUGGAAAACCUGCUCUUUCAUAAUAAUUAUUAGUGAGCUUUUGAUCCGUCAGUGUAACCCUGAUCUUUAUCACUUCCUUGUGUUUUUCCACAGUAGGGUUAAAGGCUCUUUUUCAACUGAUCACAAAGUCAACUGGCAAACUCUGCCUGCGAGUGCUUGCAUCCAACUGUCGAGUAUUGUGAUUGGACGAAAGCACUCGCAGCAAGCUUGUGUGCUGACUUUUGCAAUGAAUGGAAAAGAGACAUCUAAUGAAUUGGUCUGGAAAUGGGAAUUUGCUGAAACUCCCCAGGGGUGAAGUUUAUGAAUGCUUAUAGGAAAAACAUCAAAAGGUUUGGGUCACCGAACUCGUUCCGAAGAUAUGACAAGAAUGACAAGUGCAAUAUGCCACCUUUUCCCCAUGCAUAUGGUUUGGCCCUUUUGCGAGUUACCGGAACAAUCGCAAAUUCUCAACCGUUAUCAAAUUGCAAGGGAAACCAUAUACUAUUAUACUAUUACUUAUUAAUAAUAUACAUGAAAAACGCAUUUUUAAAAAAGGCCCUGGGAACGAGGUUGGAAGAACUAUGUAGUCAUGUGCGUAAGUCGCAUUUAGAAAUUAUGAAAUGAAGAAAAUUAAGAAAUUUGAAAUGUAAAAAAUAAAUAUAUGUUAUUUACCGGAUUGGAGGUGCGUAUAGAGAAAUAUUUCUCGAGGUCUUAAAAACGGCCCGAGGCCGAAGGCCGAGGGACGUUUUUAAGACCGAGAGAAAUAUUUCUCUAUACGGACCGACCAUACCGGUAAAUAAUAUUUUUAUUUUUUUUAAUUCCUCCUCUGGAUUUCCUCAAUCACUCCUCCCGCACGCGAAUGAAGCUGCCAAAUAUAACGUCGUUUCUAUCAAUGCUAUAUCGGGAAGAGUAAUAUCUUUUGUGAGAUAGUAAAGUUCGCUUUCAUGCACUGUGUUCUUCAUCGUCUGCAGACAUUUUAAUAUUUUAAAAAGUAGCCUUUAAACUCGUCUUUAAAUUUUGAAAAAUAAAUACAUUGGCUGUACGGCCUUAAAUCUCGCGCGGUCCGUACGGGCUCAUACGGACCGCUCACGUAGCCAAUCGAUUGCAGAAAAGCGUAAAAUAUGACUUCGGACCGCAAGAAAUAAAAUAAAGAAAAUUAUUAUUUAUAGAAUAAAAAUUGCACUGCUCUUAUAUAUGCUCUUUAUAAUAUAUAGAAUUGAGAAAUUUUUUAAUGUAUAUUAUUUUAAUUUAUUAACAGCAAAAUAUAAUCGGUGUUACCGACCUUUUUUAAUUAAAUAGGAAACAAAUACAACAUACCUGGUUUGCAUAUACAAAAACUUAACUCAACAUUGGCGUGAAAUUUUUUACACCCGCCAUUUUGCUUCCCACAAAUUGGGCAUUUUAAUUUAAUUCCAGCUGUCCCACAUGCACAUACGAUUAAAAUUUUGUCGGAUGCAUGGAAUUUAAUGAACAGCAAACCGUGCAAUAUGGUUCAAUGUGUCGUGAUCAUAAUCAGCCAUGUUCUUACACAUCUUCGAGUGUUUCUAUUACGAGUAGUUCCAUGGAGUAAUAGGAACACGCCUCAACACCAAUAAGCACUAAUACUUAUACAGAAUUAAUAAUUAAUUAUAAACACAAUCAAUAAUAUUUUAUUAGAGCAACCAUGUGUCAGUGAUGAAGUGGCUGGACUAUUAGAAAUGUCGAAACCAAUUUUUGUGAAUGGUCGAUAUGUGAGGGCGAAACUUAGUGCGAGAAGAUUGGCAAAGAUGAGAAAACAGUAUAUAGCAGAUGGUUAUUAUUGGCCGGAGAAACCCCUGCGAGAUAGAUCCCUGGAUAUGACGAGUAAGGGAUCAAAGAAAGAAAAAGCAAGAGAGGAAAGGUAAAUAACUGGUUUCACUACAUUUUCAUUCUAGACCUAUGUCAGUAACCAUCGUGUGGGUCAACGUACUUUAAAAAAUAUGGGCUUUGUCGAUUGUCCUGAGACUUUUUGGCACAUAAGUCUAACUCCUCCCAUCGUACAUCUCAGCACUGUAUAUCAUGCAGUCGUGCUUUAUAUAUUGGGGAAAUCCGAAAACUUUUGAGGUGAAGACAUUUCGUGCUGUCAUUCUGCCUUGCAGGCUAUGCUGUUAUUGGCAACGAUGCUAACACACGCUGUUAAUUUCAAGCUAGAGUGAAUUUUAGUUCAAAACAAAACGCUCUGUAGAGCGUUAAGUCGCUGGGACUAUAUAGAAUUAGUAUUUUUGCACAAGUGAACAUAACAAAUCCUACACGUUGAUUGGUCAAAUUUGACGUAUUAAGCCGUUAUAUUUACCUACAGGUGAAUAUAACAAAACAGAGAUUUUAAAAUGGCGUCUAUAGCUGUCUUGUGAAAGUUGCUGAUAAAGAAAUAAGCGAAAUUAAAAUAUAUAUUCAGUACCAAAAACACAAAGAUUUGUGUAAAAAUACUAAAACAAUUAUUCACCUCAGGCUUGGUGAUUAUCGGGGAAUAUUCACCUCGACUUCGUCAGUUCGUCUCGGGGAAUAUUCCCCGAUAAUCACCUCGCCUUCGGCGAAUAAUUGUUAAAUAAACACAUUUAUAGGAUAAGUAGCAUGGCCUAUAUGGACAUUUAUUUAUACUUGAGUAGUGAACAGUGGACAAAAAUAUUAAAUUCCUAACACCACAUGCAUUUCAUUAGUUAAUUGUUUUAUAUUACGGGGGAGUUAAAAAUUGCUGGCUGGUAUUUCUAUUUCCGCGCGGGCUGUACAUGUCCACAAUAGUUUUUGCCGGGAUUGUAGGAAUAUUUUCAGCAAACAUAUAAUUGUACAAAGUAUUUCGGUGCUGCUCUAAUUGUAAGAAAAUAUUUUGAUUGUGAAAUACAAAGAACUUUUUUUGUAGUCAAGGAAUGGCGUACCAAACUGUACAGGGACCAGGGUGUCCCAAAAAACCCCGAAAACUAUUGAAAUAAUGUAUUGUUAGAAUUUGAAUGCCUCAGCACUCUGCUGAACCCACACGUGCAUCAAGCUUGACGUAAGUAAAUUGUAUUCACAAAAUAAGUUAAGAAGCCAUUAAAGAAACUGUUUUAAAUUCCCAAGAACAGAAAAUCAUGCGCUUUACAAAGAUAUUUUAAUUUCUUUUAAAAUAAGUCAAUAUUUAAUAUAUGCACCCUUGUCAAUAUAUUACGCAUCUUUGCAUCCAGCUUAGUGCUAAGUCAUUCAAAUUUUAACAAUACGUUAUUUCAAUGGUUUUGCGUUUUUGUGGGGACAGCCUGCAUGGUGCAUGUAUAGGUCCUGCUGAAAAUAUUUCAGAAAUAUCGUAUCACAAAGCGUCAAAGUCUUUAACCCAAACAUUUGUGUCAAACCAUUAACUCGUAACCCUCAAUAUUCGCUAUAUUCAAUACUUUGUGAAAAGUCACCCAGAAAUGGCGGCGUGAGAAAGGGUAAUUAAAGAAAAAUUCGAAAAGUAGCGAAUAAUUUAUCGACUGUUACUUGGAAAGUGAUCAACUAUGAAGAACUCUACAGCCAAGGCGACAUUACUAACAACUCUAAGAAAAACAUAUUGAUUAAAAUGUGAUUUUAUUUUAACAAUUGACGAUUCCCCUUAUUACGUUUUCGUAGCGCUUUGCGUUGUGGUUAUAGUGAUAUCACUGAUAUUCAAGAUGGUUUAUUUUUUGUCCUGACCCGUGCAAGGACUUUUAUAAAAAGCUAUGGUCAGGUGCGCGAUAGCCAACGGCAAAAUAUUCGCGAAAACAUUCAAUAUUUUCAUUUGAGGCCGCUAUCUUUGUCAGUGAUACCGCUAUAACCACAAUGCAAAGCGCCGCGAAAACGUAAUAAUGAGAAUCUAGUAUUCUCGUCUUUUACUACGAGGCCUUCAUUAUUUGUAUGUAACUACGCACUAAUUAAUUUCAGACAAAAAUUAAUUGAAGAAAAUAUGAGAAAGAUGCCACAAAUGAUUGCCGAGUACAGAGCAAAAAUGAAAGAUCUUCGUGCGAAAAAACGCGAUCUGAAGGAAAAACAGAAUGAAAAACAGUUAGAAGCACAACGCUUGGGUUAUCAUCCUAAAGAUCCCAGAGGGUUACAGAAACUUUUGCAAGCCGAGGCAUUGGAGGCAAAAAAGAAGAAACGCAUGCAAAAGAAGGCUCUAGGUUCCAGUUAACAAAGAAAUCGUUAUUAGUGAACUCAGUGGCGGAAAUUCGGUGCCCCUCCCACCUUCACGAAAAAUGACGAAUUUUCGGAAAUUUUGACCUAAGAGGGCUAAAAAACCUUUACUUUUGUCGGUAAUUCAGAAGGCCUUCCCUUCCCACUGGAAAAAGUGAAUUUCCGCCUCUGAGUGAGCUUAUAGCAACCUUUUUGACAACACCACAGAUUAAGUAUAUUAGACAGAUUUAGAUCGCGGACGUCAAACACGACGUGAAAAUGGCGUGGGCACAACAUGCCAUUUUCACGUCGUCUUUGACGUCCGCGUCCUCGAUCUAAAACUGUAUAUUCUUAAUCUGUGACAACAAGUCAAUCGAGCCGUUAUAAAUGGCGAGUGAUGGCGUCAGCAGUUCUUUCUUGAAAUAAAAAAUGGUCAAUGGCAAUGCAGUUUCACGUUCGUUACCAUUUUGGUUACCAUCAAAUAAAAUUCAAUCCAAACUAGUGAACUCUAAGGGAACUAUAGGCCGCCAUCUUUGAAGCCACUCAUGAUGGCCGCCAUAUACGUAAGGCAUCGAAAAUACGCCGCCGAAAAGACAUCUGUUUUUUAGCACUAAAUAGCUGUAUGUCAACAAGGAAAAACGCUAAAAACUUUCAAAAAUACUUGAAAUUUAAUACAAAACUUGUUUCCAGAACGUAGAACAGUUUUAAAGUUAUUUUCUCAGCAGUCAAAGUGGAAAGUUUUUUCGGCACGUUCAAACUUGUGUAAUAUUUUGAAUGGGGAACUGUUACCCAGGAAGAAAUGCUGUUAGUGGACUUCAAAAACUCAUUAAUAAUUCAUGAAGCAAUUAUCCAAUCUUGAGUAAGAAAUUAGUCACGUGCAUACGUCUUUAUACCAGCUAAAGAACACUUUAACAAAAGACCAUUGUUAUGCAAACUAUAUAAAGAUUUUUAUAUGAAGAUUUUUAUAUAAAGAUUUUUAUAUAAAGAUUUUUAUAUAAAGAUUCGACUUAUUAUGCAAACGUUUUUGAAGCCAUUUAAAAAACUCGCAGGUUGUGUUUUAUUAGGUCUAAAGCCACUCGCGCUGCGCGCUCGUGGCUUUAAACCUAAUAAAACACUCCUGCUCGUUUUUUAAAUAGUACGUAAAAUACUUAGAACUAUCCAGGAAUCUUUAAAAUUGAAGCCUUUUGAGAACUAUCCAGGAAUCUUUAAAAUUGAAGCCUUUUGAUAAAAAAAAGGUAUUUUUCUUGCUAAUUUUCGCGCAAAAACAAACUUUUGACUGAAUUUCCCGCUCCUCGAAACUCUCCCUAGUCCUUUUAAAAGUUAAUUUAUAACGCGCGGCUCCCCUGCUUGGCUUCAACCAAUCAUAGGACUUGAUCACUGGAGUUAUCGUUCCCGUUUACUUAGAGUUCACUGAUUCAAACAAGAACGGCUGUCGCCAUCAAUAGAGGCUUGAUUGAUUUCCGAUUGGCGUACGUGUCGCUUGCUCAAGCUUUUCUAUUAUUGCAAAUUCGACUAAAUGUUGCUAACUUGCUAUAUAAACGUUACAUGCAUUCAAUAGACCAUUUUCGAAUUAUGUUCUAGUUGUCAAGAACAGUAGAUAGAUUUAGAAGAAACGAUGCGACGUGAAAAUGACGUACAUGUGCAUCUCGUGUUUACUUCCGGUUUUGAUCUUGUCUUUUUCUAAGCAAAAUUUUGUUCACUUGUCGCCCGUUCAUUUUUGUAUUGUUUUCAAUCGGGUUGCCAAGAUAUGUGCCUAUUUGUAAUAUAAGUGGGAUAUAACACGUAAUUUGAUUGGCUUAUGCGCGUGCAUUUAUAACGUCAUAAUGCACUGUCUUGAUUUUUCAAAGAAAACAAGAAAGAAUACGCCAAAAAUAAAGGACAACGGGACAAGAAAGGCAGCUGUUUUUGAGUCUGAAUUGGACUAUAGCCGAGAAGAGCUACAGAAAUAC